AGCAACUAAUUGAAAAGAUUUGCAAUUAUGAUCCAAUCACUUCAAAUAGAGUGUACAGCUGAUGCUAUUUUCUGGGCAAAGUGCAUGUUGGAGACAGAAAGAGCUUCUCCAUUCCGGUAGGUAAGCCAUUAAGCAAUUAAUGAGGUCUUCCCCCUCUGCCCUCUCCGCUCCCAUCUCAAUAAAAGACAUAAUUUUUCUGAAGCACCACAGUUACCAAACUUUUCCACUUUUGAGUAUAAGGGAGGGGAGGUGAGUGUCUCCAGAUUGUGAAGUCAGCUUCAGCUGGUAGCAGCCAGAAGAGGUAAGGAGCAGGUCCUUGAAGUGGUGCUGGUUCGGUGUUGGUUGUUACUGACCUGACUGCUGGGUGUUUAAACAACAUGCUCUUUGCGAGGGGUGUGUCACGCUUCUGGGGAAGUGUGGUGGCUUAGAUGUUACAGAAUGUGUAAUGGCAGGCUCUUGUAUGUAUGGAAAUUUUCUGUAUGGUAACAGGCCUGCUAUCACACACCAGCUAGUAUGGGGAGUACCAAGCUGUAAUCCUAUACCCUGACCUUAUAUGCUAGGAUGUUGGCCAAGAGCUGAGAGAAGUUCCUGCUUAUCCAUAGGCAGCUGGUGAAAUGGAAAGUGAGAAACAGCAGCAAAACAAAGCUGUUGGCAUGGGGAUGUAUAAACAGAGUCAGGGCCCUACAUGGGAACGCUCCAGAGAAAGAAGGGAAGUGAGCAAUGUAGCUGUGGGACUGCCACUGGUGAGUGCAGCUGAGCUGCAGUAAUUUCUGGGCUGCACCGCACCACAUAACUCUGAUUUCUUGGGUGGACAAUGCAUCGAAAGUGGCUGGAAAAACUGAAGGCAAAGAUAUGUGAAGAAUUUGUUAGGUAUUUUUGGAUCAGCUUGUUUGCAUCUUGUGCUGUUACAUAAAGGCCAAUGGAAAGUGUGAGUCCUGAUGCACAGUCUGUGUGUGAGGAGGGAUGGAGUGGGAUGUCCAUAUACACCUUCCCACUCAGAUUCCUUCUUUAAUUCGUGCUUCAGUGAGAACUAGGGAGGAAGUACUACUGGUAAUAAAAAGAAAAAAAAAAAAAGCUUUUUAAUCUGCACAGAGCAGGAGCUCUCCUAAUUUCUCCUUUUAGGGUGUGUAGGCACUUAUCUAAACCUAACAAAUGCCUGCCUCCCUUUGGUGAAGGAGCCCCAGACAGCCCUUUCAGCCCAGGAGGGUGCUGGCAGGGCAGGCAGAGCCUGUCUGCGGGUCCGAAGGUCUGAAUCCCUCUGAGGUGGGGGGGAAUACAGCCACCUCAAGCCUGCUGUGCUUCAGUUAUACAUGGGGAUCUCUGCAUCUUUAGGAAGUGUGCUAGCAGAGAAGAGAAAUUGUGAACCUCAUUUUCAGAAGCAGUAAUAGCCAUAUAAACCUAUUCCUGGGCAAUUUGCCUGUAAGUUGGAGGCAGCACGGUCUUGACAGUGCAUUAGCCAGCACGGUUUGUGACUGUCAUUUAUGCCCUGCAAACACUCAGGUGUCUGAGGAGAGCUCAGCCCUCCCCCAUCUUAUCUCCUGUUUGGGGGAGCCCUUCUCCACAUCGCUCCUCGUAGGCUGUCAGAGGCACUCUGGCUUUGUUGUGUGGCCGUGUGCCACCGGCUUGGUGACGCUCCCGGAGCAUCUGUCCCUAAUAGGGCUGACAGCCGCGGGGCCGUAUGUCAUCACUGCCAUAAGCCUUCCCCCCUCUCCCUGGGGGCUGGAGAGCUGCGGGGCAGCGGCAGCAGCGACUCAGGCCGGUGUCUCCCCGCUCUGCAGCCACGGGCUGCUGACCCUGCGGAGGGGCCCCUGCCGGGUGAGUACCGGGGCUGUGGGUUGUGGCUUUGUGCGGUGGCGACGAUGGCCCUGCCUGGGCAGGAGGACUACACGUUUGCCUACCACGACUCAUCGCACCCUGCGUGCCUGCUGGACACGUUCCGGGUGUUCUACUUAGAUGGGCUUUUCACCGACAUCGCGCUUCAGGCUGCCUCGGGGGUCCUGCUGCAUUGCCACAGAGUGGUCCUGGCAGCUUGCAGCAGUUAUUUCAGAGCCAUGUUCACAGCUGAUAUGAAAGAGAAAUCUAAAAACCAGAUCAGGCUUCCCGAGCUCAGCCAUGCCGUGCUGGAAGCCCUCGUGAAUUAUGCGUACACCUCCCAGAUCCAAAUAACAAAGAGAAACGUGCAAAGCCUGCUGCAGGCAGCUGAUCUCCUCCAGUUCGUCUCGGUCAAGAGAGCCUGCGAGCAGUUUCUGGUCAGGCACCUGGAUGCUGACAACUGCCUCGGGAUGCAUGCCUUUGCUGAGCACCACAAUUGCCUGGAACUGGAAAAGGAGUCCCGGAGGAUGUUGCUGUGGCAGUUUGAAGAAGUGUGGAAGCAGGAAGAGUUCCUGGAGGUUAGCAAGGAGAAGCUGGCUUUCAUCCUCUCUAGAGAGAACCUCAAUGUCUGGAAAGAAGAGGCAGCUGUCGGAGCUGUCGUUAGGUGGGUUGCACACAAUGUGGAGGAAAGAAUUGAAGACAUCUAUGAACUGCUGAGCUGCAUCAAACUAGACCUAGAUAAUGCGUAUUUGAGGUCAGCUUUAAGCCUACAAAAAAAAUGCCGACUUAAUGAUAAUAAGAUAAGGUCCCUCGUGUACAGUGCCCUGAACCCCAGUCCCAAAGGCCUUUCCAAAAGACCAACGGCCACCACGUAUGUGGUUGGAGGGUAUUAUUGGCAUCCCUUAUCAGAAGUGCACGUUUGGGAUCCUUUAAGUAACACGUGGCUCCAGGGAGCAGAAAUGCCAGAUCACACCCGAGAGAGCUAUGGAGUUACGAGCUUGGGGCCAGACAUAUAUGUGACAGGAGGCUACAGAACGGAGAGCAUCGAAGCCCUGGAUACCGUGUGGAUAUAUAACAGCGAGCGGGAUGAGUGGGCGGAGGGCUGCCCCAUGCUCGAUGCAAGAUACUACCACUGUGCAGUGUCCCUGAGUGGCUGCAUCUAUGCAUUGGGUGGCUACCGGAAGGGAGCUCCGGUGCAAGAAGCUGAGUUCUAUGAUCCUUUGAAAAAGAAAUGGGUUCCUAUUGCAAACAUGAUCAAAGGUGUUGGGAAUGCCACCGCCUGUGUCCUGCACGAAGUCAUCUAUGUAACCGGCGGUCACUACGGCUACAGGGGAAGCUGCACCUAUGAUAAGAUCCAGAGAUACCAUUCGGGUAGCAAUGAGUGGAGCAUCGUCACCACCAGUCCACAUCCAGAAUAUGGACUGUGUUCAAUCACAUUACAAAACAAGAUCUAUUUUGUGGGUGGACAGACCACGAUCACAGACUGCUAUGACCCAGAGCAGGAUGAGUGGAAGCAGAUGGCUCACAUGUUGGAACGGAGAAUGGAGUGCGGAGCAGUGGUGAUGAAUGGGUGCAUCUAUGUGACAGGAGGAUAUUCCUAUUCCAAAGGAACGUAUCUGCAGAGUAUUGAGAAAUACAACCCUGAACUAAACACGUGGGAAGCAGUAGGUAACCUUCCCAGCGCUAUGCGUUCACAUGGCUGUGUCUGUGUGUAUAAUGUGUAAGUAUUAGAUUUUCAUAGUGCUGACACAGAAAAUGGAUGCAGUAUUCCUAAUGGAACCGAUUACCUCAUGAAUGAGAUAUAUAAUACAGUCUCUUAGGGCACGUUCAUUAAGGAUUGUGCAAUUUGUUUUAAACAAUUCAGAAGGGUAAAUAUGGGAAAAAUAUUUCCAUAUGUUUUCUCUGUCAUGGAAGCUUUCAGAUGACUCUAACGAUACUUUGUGCAGCUGUAUCAGAACUACUGUGAAAAACAGAUUUAUUUUCACCAGUCACCAGGUAGAACUGCAACUUGGUGCUAAGCUGAGCAAAAUCAAAGUACUUUGCCUUUCUGUGGAGUAGUGGACUUAGGAUGAAAUCUUUGAUACGCUGAAGAUAGAUGUAGGAAUGGUUUGUUGCCACAGAUCUGGUGUGUGGGACAUACACAGCGAUAUCACUUGGAGAGCAGGGUGACUGCACCCAGGAACUGUGGGCAGCUGCAGGGCAUCUCUACAUCCACCUUCAGAUGCCAGAGUGGAGAAGAAUACAUGCAGGGACAGGGGAUAGAAAUACCACCUGGUAGCCCAGGUACACAAACAGAAAGUGUAUGCCAGCUUCGUGGAGUUGCAGUGGGAUUUUGGACUGAUUUGUGGCUGUUGUUGAUUGCCGUAUGUAUUUAUUCAUUCAGAAAAAAGCCUUACUAUGAUAACUGUUUUUGAAAUCACAUUUAACAUGUUGUCCUCCUGGAACGGAAGGUGGAGUGGGACCAAGCGGUCCAAAGUUCCUCAGCUGCCGUGGGGCCAUGUUGCGGUCUGACAGAAGCAAUCCUAAUACACAGUGAGGCUGAGUUAGCCCACACGGGCCCUGCAGUCCUGCUUACAGAAUGACAACAGAAACAGCUGCCAGCUGCUGGUACAGGAGGGAGGAACAGUGCAGGGCCGUGACAUGCUGUGGUGGGAACUCUCUGCCUCAGCGCUCUUUUGGAAAGAAGCUUGGGUUUUAUUGGAUUUGUCAGGUAUGAUCCAAGGAGGUGAAUCUUAAGUUCAUUUUAUUUAUAUUUUUCCUAAUCAUAAGCAUUUUCAACGUUUUUGUUGUUGUUAUUUCACAUUUUUUAUUAUUUCUCCCCCGUGUUUGCUGGUAGUAGUUUGCACCUAGCUCUGAGCUUUGAUGUGGAACCCUGUGAUGUGUGAAUAGCUCUUGGUUUGGUGCUGUGUCAGAAGCUCAUGUGCAGGGUUCAGUGUUCUGCUUUGUUAGCUGCCCAGCUAUUGAAGGAUCCAGAUUAAUUUCUUUACAGACUCUAAAGUGUAAAAACAUUUGAGGAAUCAAGCUCUGCCGUUGUUUGAAGUACACAGACCAAGCAAGUUAGCAGAAGAGCUAAAGGCAAUUUGUUUCUCCCGGAAAUCUCCACAGCAGUGUCGUUAACAGUCUGGCGGGGGUGUAAAGGACACCACAACAGCUGAAGGUGAUCUCUGCAGCAAGCAGAACUGCAGGAGCUCAACUUGUGUAUGUGUUCAAGGCAAAGCUCCGUGUUUUCGUCUUGAAAAACACGAGGAUGGGAGCAGCUGCUUGUAGCUGGCCCUGACGUUCUUGGGCCCCAUCUCCCACCCCUCCGAACUGCAGCCCGGUGCGGGGCUAAGACCCAGGCCGAGCGGCAGCGCCUCCCAGCAUCGUUCCGUCAGCUCGCGGACACCACGUGCUUAGCUCUGGGGAAAGCCGGGGCGGCUGUGGGGCUGCAGCACGGCGCUGGGGCCUGGUCCUGCUGCUGCCAGGGAAACCCUCAGGGCUGGGCGCCGGGAGAGCGGCGCUGCCUGGCCACGCACCGCGGUUCUGCCCGUGACUUCAGACAAGCCCUCAGGUCUUAGGGAUUUCUGAACGCGUUAGAGGAAACGGAGUAUAAAAGUUCAAGGACUUUAUCGUUACUGGUGCUACUUUUUUUACAGUAACCCACGCGGCUUGUUAAACGGGCUCCUCAGCCCGUGAUCCCGUUUUAGUGGUGAGCUGAACGCGAGCAGCUAUUGCGCUCCUGGCCCUGUCCGGAGGCGGCGAUCUUUUUACUGUUUUAUUUGCGAACCAGACGGAACGGCACGUAAGCUGAAUCAAUGAACUCAGUACGAUUUAUUAAAGUUAUUAUUCACGUGACACCCGCAUUUGUACCACUGUUAGCAUCUUCGACGCAAACGUAUUUAAGUGCACGCUUGUAAUUUCUAAUCAACGUACCUAUGACGGACGGCAGCGCUCCGGCACGGCGCCAUUUCCGGCCGCGGCCCCGCCCCGGAAGCGGCACCCACGUGAGGGCGGCGGUGGCUGCUGGGCACGCGGCGCAGCCUGCAGCCUCUCGAGCGGCGGAGCUGGGCCGCGUGCGGAGCGGGCCGAGCGGCGCGGCGCGGCGCAGGUGG